CUUUUACAGAGAGACUGACUAAAAACAAGAAACGGCAUCGCUAGUGACCCAAGGGAUUUUGUGCCCAAAAUGUUCGCACAACCAGGAGACAAGGACUGUCCAGUAGAAAUGUACAAACGAUAUGCAGAAAAGCGCCCAGACAAGAUGAAGACCCCUGACUCUAGGUUUUAUGUUGGGUUGAAUCCUAACUACAAGCCAGGAAGUGACAUAAGCUGGUUCAUGAAUUCGGCGAUGGGCAAAAACAAGUUAGGAACAAUUGCAAAAGUCAUGUCAGAGAAAGCCAAACUGCCUGGUAGACAUACUAACCACAGUGGGAGGAAAACAACUGUUACAGAGCAACUAAGAAAUGAAGUACCAGCAAUUCAUGUUGCCAAGUUGGUUGGACAUAAAAAUCUAAUGUCACUAAACUCUUAUAACACCAUGUCUAUAGAGCAACAGAUAACAAUGUCUGAUAACGCACACGCAUUAAACAAAGUAACUGCAUCAACAUCUUCUACCAUUGCCAGAAUGGAGGAGCAAGAAAUGGCUGAUACCGAGUUGGACACCGAGUUGUUAGCCGCAUCUCAAGAAAUCGAAGAAGCAUUAAACAACAUUGAACAAUUUGAGAAAAGUUGUGAAAAUAGUAGUGGCGCACAGGUUCUAAAUCUCCCUAUAGUUCAUCAUCCAGAUGGAACAUUAAGCACAUGUAUUCGGGAUAAAGAAACAUCUGGCAGAAAAUUUGAUCCAAGUCGAAUGUUUGUAAAUUGUACAUUCAAUGCUUCAGUACAAUUUGUGCUUAAAUAGAGACUGAAAUUGGACAUAUUACAUAGAAAUCGAAAGAAGAAACUAUAUCUUUCUUUAUUUUUAUUUUCUGUGAUUGCGCAUGAAAGAGACGCUUACUUUGAAUCAGUUAUUUAUUUAUUUCACUAUUAUAUUGUUUAAUACAUGAACUGUGGAUUAACUAUAUAUUUUAUCUGCUUAAACAUACAUUGAAAUAUCUAUUUUCAAGCAAUUAAUAAAUAUAUUAUAACAAUUACUUUAUUGCUUGAUUUUAUUCCAGUCUGAAAAAAUGCUGCGGAACAUAUGCAAUAAACAGGUCAUUACAUUUGGCAAGUGUGCCUUUAGUCCAUAUUGGCACACUUGGUUCGAAUUUGCCCUCGGGCUAAAGCCCUCGGGCAAAUAAGUCACCAAGUGUGCC